UCAUAUGCACGUGUAAUCGACGUUGCCGCCUUGGAGCUAGUUGUGUCAUCCGAAAGGAAACGAAGGGUCAAAAAGUACUCGUCUUUUUUGUGAUUUCUAAGCUAAUAUUAGACAUUGAUUUGAAAAUUUUGGUCAACACUCAUGUCAGCAUUCAAGCUUGGAAUAGUAAGGCUUGGAAGAGCUGCUGGAAAGACAAAGUAUUCAUUACUAGAUGAACAGGAUAUUUCUUUAGUAGAUCGAUUUGCUUUUGAGGCACGAGUGGACAUAGAUAAGGAUGGAAACGGUGCUCAGGUCUAUGCAUAUGCAUAUGAUAUCCAGAAAGGUCGAAGCUCAGGACGUUACCUUCAUGACCUACUGUGGGAGAAGCACUGUGGUGGCAUAGCUCCAGGAUUUAAAGUUGCCCAUAAAAAUGCUGUGACAGUAGAUAAUAGAUUAGAAAACCUUCAUCUAGUUACUACAGAAGAGUCUGAAAAAGAUUUAGAAACACUCAAGAAAAACAGGGAACAGUCCUUGUAUUGGGUUGCAAUACAACAACUACCCACAGAUUCUUUCCAGGAGCUACCUGUAACUUCACAAAGGUACUACAAUGCUAAUGGAGAAGUGAUAGAAGGAGAAGACGAUAGCAUCACAUUUUAUGAAUGUCAUUACCCACCUUGUUCCCAGAUAGAAGCAGAGUUACGAGAAUUUAGUAUUUGCGGACGUUGCCAAGAAGUACGAUAUUGCGGAACAGCAUGUCAACAAAGAGACUGGCCUGUCCAUAAGAAACAUUGCAAAGAACGUAAAAAAGCUAAACCUUACGAACGUUCACCAGACCGGUGAUCGCAUUACAUGUAUUUAAUAAUUUUUUUUCUAUAUUGUAAAUAAAAUAAAGUUUAUGUUAUUUGUUUUUUUAAACGUGAAACUUGUGUAAAUUAUGACUUAGAGUAAGUAACAACAGUGUUUUGAAUUAAGAAAAAAGAAUUGUGUUAAUCAUUUAAAUUUUUUCAACGACUGUGAUUUUUAAUACUUUUGUUUAAAUACUACCACCCACCAAUUUAUAAUUUCUUGCUAAUGCUAUUUUAAUUUUUGAAAUGAAAUUAUAUAAAUUGAUUAUUUUUUUGAAGGGUUUAUUAUGUAUUUCUAGUUCACAAAAUGUAAAUGGGAGUUUGAAAAACUUACCCAUGACCAAAUAAAUGUGUAAAUAAUGAGCUAUUUAACAUGAAAUGUUAGUCCUGCAGCAUUAAUCCUUCCUGUAGAUGUAUUUUGUGAAUUUUAUUUAUUUUUAUUCUGGGUUUACUACAUUUGUACGUCACGAUAUCAUGUGAUACUAUUCCGUUGCUAUCAGCGACCCAAAAUGCGGUCAACCGGCUCCAUUGUCUCCACUGACAAACCAUUGAUCCUAGUUUUUAACGUAAUUAUUAUGAUGUUGUUUCUUAAUUUUUCUUUGUGAAUUUUAAUUGAUGAUUAAAUAUGUGUUUGAUAACUAAUACAAUGCGAGCUUUUGUGUUUUUAGAACAUUUUGAUGGUAAAUUAUUAGGUUUUAAAAUGCCUAUUCCAGAAAGGAUAUUCUAAAUUAUUAAGAUUAUGAUGAAGUCAUUCAGACGUAAUAACCGCUUUACCAACAUCUGGUUGACAACAAAGGGCGCCACCUGGUGUUGUGACGACACAUGCGUUGUACUCUAUAGUUGAAAACUAUAGUCUUAAUAGAAUUUGUAUUCAAUUUUUGAUAAAUAUUUUUUAUUGGUAUUGAGUAUUGUAUUUAUUUUUACUGCUAAAGACGGGCACUCAUUGUGCAUAACGGUCGUCGGCCGAAGCGAUGCUAUAAAGAACGCAACGCGAAGACGCAUGCGCAACGGAUCAUUUUUAAUGACGAUCAGUUCAGACUGCUGCUGAGAACCAGCAGACGUCAUCGUAUCGUCUAUCGCUCACAGAGAGCGUAGUUGGAUUUUUUGUACGACGGUCGUACGAUGCAGUGAAUGCCCAGUUUUAGCUGACUAUUAGGCGUAUUUUCAUAAUACUGAAAGUCUUAAGUAGUUUUAUUAUCAGUGAUACCUGGUGUGACCACCACCAGGUGUUAAAGAUGUACUAUCAGUCAAAAAUACAGGAAAAUACCUAAAAAAUUAUUAGCAUACAACCAAACAGAUUGGGAAAAAAAAGUAAUUUUCACCGUUUUACGUAAAUUUUACUUCAAAAAUCCUUUAAUUGAUUACCAGUCAAUUUAAAGAUUUAUGCAAACGAUACAAGAAAGUUAUUUAACUGUCCAAAAAUUGAUGGGGGAUUUUUUUAUUUUUUUUAUUUUAAUUUUUAAUUUUAAUUUUUCAAUCCUUACCUUAUGACUAAUAGUACAUCUUUAAGGCAUCUGAUGUGAAUUGUACUGUAUUCAGGAUACCCAAAUCUCUUGCAGGUUGCGAGAGUCUCCUGGAAAUCACAGCCCGGUCUCGCACUCCUUCAAAAGCUCAUUAAACCCUGAAGUGGCUACAUUCUCCCAAGUAAUAAUGCAAGAUGCAUAGAGGACAUGCAUAAUGCAUGGUGUGCUAUAAGACAACAUAUUAUAUAGGAUAGCUGGUGUGGCUUGUGCCAUGUCUGCCAAUUCGGUGUCACUAGUCCAACAAUAUGUAUAGCCCAACCACUUGUGUACCCCAACCACUUGUGUACCCCAACCACUGAUGUACCUCAACCACUUGUGUACUGUAAUCCUCACUUUUGUAUGAGUUAUUCAGCUAUGUACCUGUAAAUGAGGUACUACCUCAUUUACAGGUACACAUGUACUGUAGUUAAAUUGGACACUGCUUCAGUGACAUCCAAAUGCCUUGUGCUUUUAAACAGACUGUAUUUUCAACUGUACUUAAAAGAUUUAAGUUGCAUAUUUUCUUGAAGGGGCUUUUAAAUCGUUUUAUUAAUAGAAUUAUAAGGAGUAAGAGAUAGAAAUGUGUACUUGAUAUAAAACCAAACAGUAUAAUGUGUUAAAUUUACCAUUGUUUCCUCCUGUACUGUAUUUAGUGAAUAGUUUUAUAACAGCUGUAUUGAAAGUUUUGUUGUUUUUUAUUUUGCCAUGUAAAAAAACUGUCCAAUCGUUAAGGCUUACUUUUCAGAUCAAUCCCUUGUGCUAGUAUUAAACUAUAUCUGAUCUACAUGGGCCAAAAUACAGUAGAUUAAUACUAAAAUUACCAUUAAUAGACAUAAUUGCUAUUCCAGCUACUAAAAUUAUUGAAAUUGGGGUAGGGAUGGAAAUUGAAAUUGGGGCAGGAUUAGGGUAGGGAUGGAAUUUGAGUAGCAGCAAAAAUUAAGUAAGUAGAGAUGAGAAAUUAAUUUUUCAAAGUUAGGUAUGAAAAUUGUUAUUUGAAAAUGAAAUAAUUGAGCAUGUGUUUGCAUGUGAUCUGCUGUCCGUAAUUGAUAAAUUUAUUUGAAAAAUAGACAAAAUUAUGUUUGAAUGCUGUAAUUAUUGUGAUAUAAAAGAAGACAUUUUCAUUUUGUAAAGGGAUUUUUUUUAAAUGAAGAGGUACUGUAAUAAUAAUGCAUAGAAAUAAAAUUAACAGGAAGUAAUGUAUGUUCAAUAAUAUAAAAAAAUAACAAUAAUCGCCAGGAUUCGUUUUAUUGUCAAAUAUGAAUUGUUAAUCAUGCUUAUCAUUUGUUCUUUAGUGUGUGGGAACUCAUACACCAUAAUAUUUUACCAGGUUAAGUUUGAUCAGACUUGGAAUGCUUGUUUCAGAUAUAUCUGUUCAAACAAUUUGUGUCUUCCCAUGUCAGAAGAUUUCUACUUUAUCAAAUUCUAAUCGAAAAUCAAACAGACAAAAAUCUGAUAGCGAGUGUUCUGCUUUAGCCAUGCUGAUGUAUUAUGGAAAUGUUUAGUUUCAGAGAAAAGUGAACAAUCCAAUGCAUUUGCUGAGUACAGUAUUAAACUUAAAGCAGAACCAUAGAAUAAAUAGUGUAAUGCACAUUUUGGUUGCCUUUAAUCCUCUGCAUUUAUACAUGGACAUAUUAAUAAUAUAUUAAUAUAAUUAAUAGGUCCAUGAUUUGAAGUACCAUUAUUAUUAUUAUAGAAUGAUCAAUAAAUGUUGCAUAACUUAUAGGCCUAUACACCAAAUCUUAGCACAGUUGUCACUUUUCCUUGCGGCUGUAUCCAAUCGGGUGGGUACACAUUUUUGAAAUUUACCCUUGUUUUCAUGACUUCAACUCAGAAAUUAAUAAAUAUUGUGCACCAAUUUGUGAUAUUAGAAAUUAAAAAGAGCAAUUCUGUACAAAGAGAA